GAAAGAGAGAGAGAGGGACCGGAGAGGGUGGCAUUGCAUGAAGAUCCGAUGAAAGAUAGCAGGCUAUUGCAAUAAGAGGGCAAGAGAGAGAGGGGUGGGGGCAGAAUGACGCUGAUUCGGGGCUAUUGAUCUCUCCCUCCCCUCAAUACGGGGUCAGUAGUUUGAUCAGAGCGCGCGCAGGAUCACACAGAAGAGCCACACACGCGCUUUUGUAACAUGAAGCGGCGCGUAUAGAGCUAUCCAACAGGGCACUCAUCACCAAUCCGAUCCCGUCUGUCUCUAACCUGAUGACGGGAAAUAAUAAGAUUAUCCAGCAGGACAGGAGAGCGACACGUUAUAUCUCUGGAGAAAAGUAACUGGUGUGGAUUGACAGAUGACGGUGCGCUCGAGAUCAACAGAUCUGGUCAUGAAUCCGUUCAGAAUCUCCGUGCUCAUGGUGUUCCUCUUCGCAUCUGUUCAUAUCUCGUGCCCAUCGCAGUUCCCCAGUCCGCUCAUGAUAAAAGAAUGGGUAGAUCAGCUGCAGCAGGAGCUGGUUUCUUUAGCAGACACAGCCAGCGCUGGGAAUAAUCUAAGACAGAUCUUUAUGGAUAAUCAGAAUUACUUCACUGUGAAAACAAAUAAUGCGGCACAGCUUGUGGAAACAGAGGCACGGAAUAUUGAAAAUUUUUUGAAGAAGCGAGCCACAGCUCUAGAGACUUUGGCAACCGCAGCAGAGAAUUUCCAAAUGGAGCAUCAAUGGAAAGAUGAAUUUGAAGAGGAUGAUAUAGUUUACUUUAAUGCCAAGGAUAAUCUCGAAACCAAUGAAACGGAAAGAAGAAAAAACCGGAUCAAACCUGAAUUUAAAGAAGACCCGUCAUUCAAAAACCGCCUCACCUCCUACAACCAUACGGCGGUGCAUAUCCCCACUGACAUAUAUGACGGCUCCACCAUUGUGUUGAAUGAGCUAAACUGGACUGAAGCACUGGAAGAUGUCUUUAAGAAAAACCGAGAGGAGGAUCCAACGCUACUAUGGCAGGUCUUCGGCAGCGCAACUGGAUUAGCUCGCUAUUACCCAGCUUCCCCUUGGAUGGAUGCCAGGAAAACACCCAGUAAAAUCGACCUGUACGAUGUGCGCCGGCGACCUUGGUAUGUUCAAGGUGCCGCUUCGCCCAAGGACAUGCUGAUUCUUGUUGAUGCGAGUGGAAGUGUAUCCGGACUGACUCUUAAACUGAUCCGAACCUCUGUCAGUGAAAUGCUGGAGACACUUUCUGAUGAUGAUUAUGUCAAUGUCGUCCAUUUUAACACAAAAGUGAAUAACACAGCGUGUUUCGACCACCUGGUUCAAGCUAACGUUCGCAAUAAGAAGAUCUUAAAAGAUGCAGUGCAGAACAUCACGGCCAAGGGCAUCACCAACUACACCAAAGGCUUCGAGUUUGCCUUCAACCAGCUGUCAAAUCCAAACAUCACCAGAGCUAACUGCAACAAGAUCAUAAUGCUGUUUACUGAUGGAGGCGAGGAGAGAGCAGAGGAGAUCUUCGGCAGAUACAACCUCGACAAAAAAGUGCGUGUGUUCACAUUCUCUGUGGGUCAACACAACUACGACACCGGGCCAAUAAAGUGGAUGGCCUGCGCUAAUAAGGGAUAUUUCUACGAAAUCCCAUCCAUUGGAGCCAUUCGCAUAAACACACAGGAGUAUCUAGAUGUUCUGGGCAGGCCGAUGGUCCUUGCAGAUGCCAAACAAGUGCAGUGGACCAACGUGUACCUAGACGCUCUGGAGUUGGGCCUGGUCAUCACAGGCACGUUGCCCGUGUUUAACAAGACCAAAUCCAGGGAGGGCGGAUCUCGAAACCAGCAUCAGAAUCAGCUGAUUUUAGGAGUGAUGGGGGUGGAUGUGUCUCUCGACGAUAUCAAAAGAUUGACGCCCCGCUUCACAAUCGGCCCUAAUGGAUAUUAUUUCGCCAUUGAUCCCAACGGUUACGUGCUGCUCCAUCCAAACCUGCAACCAAAGAACCCCAAAUUCCAGGAGCCUGUUACACUGGAUUUUCUGGAUGCCGAGCUGGAAAACGAUAUUAAAGUCCAGAUACGGACUUUGAUGAUCGACAGAGACCCUGGGGAGAAAACAAUAGAAACGCUCGUGAAAUCUCAAGAUGAGAGGUACAUCGAUCGAGGAAUCAGGACGUACACCUGGGCGCCGGUUAACGGGACAGACUACAGCCUGGCCUUGGUUUUGCCUGAAUACAGUCUGCAUUACAUCGAGGCAAACCUGGGGGACACUAUAAAACAAGCCAUGUCACAAUGGGGGAACAAGGCCUUUGAUACCAUGCAGCAGGAGAAAUUUGAGGAAUAUGGGUACACCUUUAUUGCACCCAGGGAAUACUGCAAGGACCUCAAAGUCUUAUCCAACAACACCCAGUUUCUGAUGGACUUCAAUAAAUACAUUGAAAGGAAAACUCCAAAUGAUCCUCUCUGUAAUCUCACUCUUGUAAACCGGUUGCUGCUGGACGCCGGUCUCACGGCAGAUCUCGUCAAUGUCUGGAAGGAUCAGAAUGUAGAUGGAGUUUUGGCCCGCUUUGUGGCUACAGAUGGAGGCGUUACGCGUGUGUAUCCUAAAAGUGCCGGGGAAGAAUGGGGUGAAAACUCUGAGACCUAUGACUCAAGUUUUUACAAAAGGAGUCUGGACAAUGACAUAUACAUCUUCACUGCCCCAUACGUCAACAAGAGCAGAGAGUCUGGUUAUGAGUCCGGCAUCCUUGUCAGUAAAGCAGUGGACUUGGACAUUAAUGGAGCAAAACUCAAACCUGCCGUGGUGGGAGUCAAACUAAACGUGUCGGCCUGGAUGAACAGCUUCAUAAACGCUACCACCAAGAAAAAUUGCAAGGAUGAGAUCUGCGGGUGCCUCAGAAAUGAUAAGCAAGUGGACUGCGUGAUUCUGGAUGACGGUGGAUUUCUGCUCAUGUCCAAUCAGGACGAAUAUAUCACACAGAUCGGUCAGUUCUUUGGUGAAGUGGACCCCGUUCUGAUGAUUACUCUGGUCAAUACCUCGCUGUUCUCUUUUAAUAAAACCUAUGACUACCAAUCCGUCUGCGACCCGGAGAGAGAAACCAAAGCUGCUGCCGGACCCCGAUCUGUAUAUGUGCCGACGAUCGCAGAUAUGCUGAAUGUAGGCUGGUGGGCCUCCACUGCCGUCUGGUCGGUUUUGCAGCAGCUACUUCUCAGUCUGACUCUCCCAAAUAUAGUGGGAACAGCGUACUCGGAGGAUGACCUCUCGGAUGCGUUCUCCAAAGAGAGCUGUAUCACCGAACAGACUCAGUAUUUCUUUGAGAACGAGAACAAAUCUUUCUCUGGAGCUAUGGACUGUGGAAACUGCUCCAGAAUGUACCGGGCCGAGAAGCUCCCAAACACGAAUUUGGUUUUUUUGAUCUCUGACGCAAAGAGUUCCUGUCUGUCCUGCGAUCCCAAACCCCUGAGACAAGCCGAACAGCCCUCUACUGGUCCUGAUCCAUGUGUGCUGGCCCAGAACCCUCGGUACAGGAAAGGACCGGACGUCUGCUUUGACAACAACGCAGAUGAGGACGCAUCUGACUGUGGUGGAGGCUGUAGUUUGAGUCCGUCUCUCUGGCCGAUGCUGGCUCUUCAGCUCCUUCUGCUCUGGCUGCUCACUGGAACCAGAAGCUGUUUGUCCUGACCAGAGCACAUCUACAGACUAGCAACAACAACUACUGACCGAACUGCUUAUUACACAGACCACAACAUAACCACACUUCGACUAUAUGACCUAAGAUUGUUAGUUAGUCAACCCAAAACAACACGACUAAAGCAGAUUCAAACUCUGCUGUAAAAUCGACGCGACUCAUCAACUCACUGCCAAACGCUCUCUCGGUCCAACCAGAAAAAGCAACACAGUCAGACACGAGAGACGUAUAUACACUUAUCUCUUUGAAUUGGGAACGCAGAACCACGUUACGACCACAGAAACGGUUCGUGCAAAACGUUUAGUGCCACAAACAGGCUAAUAUAAUGUGUCAACAGUGUGGUCACGGACGGCUCGCAGCACCAGCCUGGAUCUGAAGCAGGGUUUAAUGGGACAGGAAAGACUGUUCAGCUCUGGAGCUCAUUAUGAAUUCUGCUGGAAGUGAGCUUUGCACCAGUAGUAGGUCAGUGAUGUCACACCCAAGCCCUUUAGGCCCAUCAAGGGCCGUUUUUUUUCUUGUUUUAUGUUCUUUGUUUUCUUUGUUAUGUGCAGUAGGGGGAAUCUCAUGAAGAAAUCUGUAAGUCAUAUUUCACCUCAACAUUAAAAGAUAUGAAAUAUACACAUACGGUACCACUGAAACGUUUGCGGUUGGUAAGAAUUCAGUCAUGCUUUUGAAAAAUGCUCUUUUAUGUUCACCGAGGCUGCAUUUAUUAUUAAGUACACUGCAAAAUAUUAUUACAAUAAAAAGGUUUUAAUUUCAAUGUCAACAUUUUUUAAUUAUUUGUUGACAUUGCAAAAGUGUUUACUGUUAUGUUUAAUGCGUCCUUGCUGAAUUAUUUUAUUGCAUACUGUUGCAUUAUUUGCGUUUACUGUUAUGUUUGAUUAAUGCAUCCUUGCUGACUAAUAUUUAUUAAAAAUAUAUAUAAAUAAAAGAAUUUAAAAAUCUUACUGACCCCAAAGUUUUAAACAGUAGUGUUCUGUGUAUACUUUACCUUUUUAAUUUAUUAUAUUUCAAAUAUUUUUGCUUUCACAUUAGAAUAAAUAGCAAGGUUUUGGGAGAAAAUCAGCAUAGACUACUAUAUAUAUAUAUAUAUAUA